AGAACGUGUACUUUUUAUUCCUUUCGAAGCUUCAAAAAUGAAACGGCUUAUAUUAGUUUGUCUAUGUUUAAUAGUUGCUAUAAAUUGUGUAAACUGCGUUAACGAAGAUGCUUUAUUGACAGUUCCUCAACUAAUUGAAAAAUACGAAUAUCCAUUUGAACAACAUUUUGUAACCACCGACGAUGACUACAUACUGGCAAUGCAUCGAAUUCCCGACGGCAAAAUACCAGUUCCAGUGGGUCAGAGACACUCACCACCCAUAUUAUGCUUGCACUCAUUAUGGUCCACAUCGGCAGAUUUUGUUAUACAAGGGCCAGCCAAGAGUUUAGGGUAUUUGCUGGCUGAUCAGGGUUACGAUGUUUGGUUGGGCAACACUCGUGGCGGAACCUACUCCUCUAAUCAUACGACGCUUAACCCGCGUUCUCAAUUCCUUACAACGUUUUGGAAUUUUUCCUUUCACGAGAAAGGUGUUCACGACUUGCCCGCAAUGAUUGAUUUCAUCCUGGACAAAACAGGCGCUUUAAAUGUGAUUAUCAUUGGAGUCUCAGAAGGAUCGUCAGCAUUCUUCGCAAUGGCUGCCGAAAAACCCGCAUAUAUGGCCAAAGUACAGGCGCACAUUGCGUACGCUCCUGCCGUACUGAUUGAUCGCACCACGUUCUUGCUAGCGAGGUUUUUUGUACUUAUGGAAACAUUUGGUUAUGGUAAUUUUGUGACAAAUUUGGUGGGGAAUUUUGACAUUGCGCCGGACUCCUUGAUAUUGAAUCUGAUCACAUGGGCGUGUAGCGCACACAGACUCACUUCACUGAUUUGCAAUCAUGGAAUUUCACCCGUAUUGGAUUCGGAACCUGGCGAACUUGAUGUUGAUACUGAUGUUAUUUUAGGGCACAUGCCUGCAAGUACUUCUACCAGACAAAUCAUACAUUUCUUACAAUGUGUCCGUUAUAAAAAUUUCGUCAAGUAUCAAUCGAAAUUUAUCGGAAAACCACAACCGUAUGACUUGUCCGGUAUCACCACACCGAUUUAUGUAUUCUACAGCACGAAAGAUAGGGCAGUAAACUGGAAAGACGUGGAAAAGUUAGAAACCCGACUCCCGGCCGGGUUCGUGCAAAAGUGGCGGAACAGCGAAUUCGGCCACGUCGACUUUGUGCUUAGCAAAAACGCCAAGGACCUCGUGUUCGACGAGACCAUCGCGCUGCUAGACACCAUAACGACGCUCGUUUAACACAAACAAAUUUGCAUAACUCGUUUUGCCUUAUAAGUAGAUAGCGAGCACAAUUAACACGUAAUAAAUGUGCCGCAUAAACGCAUAUAGAAAGUUUUAAUGAAAUAAUAAUUUUAAUCAUGUACACAUAUGAUAAUCAAUUAAAGUGCUAUAGCAAAAAAAGAGUACAAAAGUAAUCAUGAAAA